AUGUCGAAUAACAGCGCAAACAGCAGCAACUUGGUUAUCGCUCAGAAGGUGGUAAAACAACUUCGGCUAGAGGCGAGUGUUCGCAGGAUCAAGGUAAAUAAAUGACAUCCAGAAAGACUGAUAAAAAACUGUUCUGCAUUGGGUGUGACUGACUGACUUGUCAACAUGGCCCUUUAGUAACUAGUGAAAAGCUAUAUUUUAUGUAAAGUUUCACUAUUUUAUGGAAAACAACGCGUUAUUUUUGCUAUUUCCAGGCCAUUUGUUACAAAAUGCUGUUCCAUUGGAAUUAUGUCAGCUGUUUUCAGAAUUGUAACUAACUGCAGCCGUGUCCAGUAGACUAGAGGAGUAGCCUGUAAAUUGACGUGCUCAAUCGAGCGCCGCCUUUCAACUGUCAUGUUGAGUCACGAAAGCCAAUUAAACACUUUGUUACCUAAUGAAGAAUGUAAGAUUAUAACGUAGUUCUAGUCUUGCUGUAUGCAUAGGGCGUUAUGGCACAUUUAGGCUACUCCUCGGCUCUUCACUUAGUUUAACACCGUUUUGAAUGGAUAUAUUUAGAUGUUAACGAUUUGCUGUUAAUUAUGAUCUAAUUUAAUAAUGUGAAAUAUGAUGAUUUCCUGCUGUAGUCUGUAGUCCGGAGAAAGCAAACAGCUCGUAGGCUAGUUUCCGCGCUGGUGCAGCACAGUGGUGGCCUUUGUUGAUUGUGGCUGUGACAGUAGUGCGAUUGUUGGCCGAAUUACUCUUUUAGAGAUUAGUCCGCAGACAUUAACUACUCUGGAGCACUCAAGCAAGCUGUGCUUUGAAGGACAUAUGAGAAUGCAGGAAAAAUAUAGGGUGACUUGUAUCUAUAGCCUAUGAAAUAUUAUCAACUAACUAGAGAAAUAACGAACUCAAUGUAUAGCCCAUUUGUGACUUUGUCCUAAAGUGCCAUCUUGUGUUAAUGGGGACAAUGUUGUAGACUUCACCCAUGAAACAAGCCCUCUAGUAAAGUACCAAAUUAUUAUGCUAUUGCUGAGUCAAGUUCCAGGUAGGAACUUUAGGAAAAUAGCUGCUCAUUUCUCAGAUUCUCUCGCAGUGUGAGCUUGGACCAUAUUACUGUAGGUUCAUUAGACUGAGUAUCAGUAGGAGUAUUGUGGCAGAGUGAAAGGGUUGGCCUCUCUAUUUAUUGAUGCGUGGACCAGGUCUCUCUUGAAAAGCUGCAUUAAAGCAAGUAGAAGUUAAGUAGAACAGGAUUGAUCUCAAUUUACUUGGAACUUCAUUAUAGAAAAUGCUGUCAUUGUCAAUGAUGACUCAUUCUCAUGAAUGCCCAUGACAUCUAUAUGUCAUCUUUACAACAGUGUUAUGUAGCCCUUAUGACACGGAAUUAAAGUAUAAUGGAACUGACAGUGUCUCUCUGUUUCCACUCUCAGGUGUCCCAGGCAGCAACGGACCUGAAGACCUUCUGCCUGCAGAACGCCCAUAAAGACCCUCUUCUCAUAGGGGUGCCCUCCAGCGACAACCCCUUCAGACCCCCC